AUGCCGAGAACAACUCCUGGUGCUCAAAAGUCUCUUCAGAAUUGUUGGCAAAGGAAAGAAGCAGUUGAACGGUGUGAUCUUGCUUUAGCGAAGUGGAUGUUUGAUGCAUGUGUGCCAUUUAAUGCUGUUAACUCUGUGUAUUAUCAGCAUGCCAUAGAUGCUGUAACAGCCAUGGGUCCUGGUUAUAAAGGACCAAACUUGCAUGCUAUCCGUGGUUAUUACUUGGCAAAAGCGGUUGAUGAAGUGAAGAUUUAUGUUGAGAGUUAUCGAGAGAUUUGGAAGAAGACUGAUGUCUCAAAGACUGCUAGAUUGUUGUAUCAGUUGUUUAGAGAGGUUGUUUUAUAUGUUGGGGUAGAAAACAUUGUGCAUAUGGUGACUGAUAAUGCUGCAAAUUAUGUUGCUGCUGGCAGGUUAUUGAUGGAAGAAUUUCCUUCAAUAUUGUGGUCUCCUUGUGCUGCUCAUUGCAUGAACCUCAUACUCCAGGACAUUGGUAAAUUGCAGUCAGUUUGUUGUGUUGUUGAGCAUGCUUCUAGUAUCACAAAGUACAUUUAUAAUCAUUGUUAUCCAUUGUAUUUGAUGAGGAAGUUCACUGGAGGAAAAGAAAUACUUCGUCCAGCUCCUACUCGUUUUGCCACCAAUUUCAUUGCAUUGCAAAGCAUUUUAGCUCAUAAAGAUGAGUUGAGAGCUAUGGUGACAUCUAGGGAAUGGGUCUCAUCUACUUAUGCUAAAGAUAUCAAAGGAAAAAAGUUUGUUGACAGUGUGCUAGACUCUUUGUUUUGGGAAGAAUGUGUAAUAAUUGUGCGAAUGAGUGAAUCUUUAGUUCGAGUUCUACGAUUGGUUGAUGGUGAUGAUAGACCUUCGAUGGGAUAUUUGUAUGAUGCUAUUCAUCAUGCAAAAGAAGAAAUGAUGAGGAGAUUUCAAAAGAGAAAGCCUAGAGUGAAACCUUUCAUAGACAUUAUCAAUUAUCGGUGGGAUGGACAAUUUUAUAGAAAUCUUUUUGCAGCGGCAUUUUGGUUGAAUCCUCGAUUUCAAUAUGAUGCAAAUAUAAUGGAUAAACAUAUAAGCACCAUUUCUGGACUUCUAGAUGUUCUUGAGAAGUAUGCACAUGGAAAUCUACCAUUGCAAAGUAAGAUUGCAAGUGAGAUGAAGUUUUUUAGGAAUGCUGAACAUGACUUUGGCCGAGCGUCUGCAAUAAAUAAUCGCACCCUUAUGCCUCCAGAUGAAUGGUGGAUGACAUAUGGAACCAACGCUCCAAAUCUACAACAAUUGGCUAUACGAGUGUUAAGUCAAACUUGUAGUUCUUCGGGAUUCGAAGAUGACCCAUCAAUCUUGACAACGGAAGAAGUAGAGAGUUUUCACCAAGCUCUAUCAACUAUGACCAUACAAGAUACUUUAGAUGAUGAUGAUUGUGAUGAUGAAGUUUCAAAGGAGCAUGCUGAUGAUUUAUUAGGUGUUGACAAGAUUGGCUUAUUUCCAUCGACAUUUGAUCCAAAUUUUGCUGCCAUAGACACAGAAGAACUUAAUGUGUUCAUUCAACAAAAGUGA